AUUCGUUUUGACUGAUGAAACCGGCGUGCAUGUUCAGCUGAUAUUCAUUAUCAAGUUAAAAAUUCAAAUAUUGUUCAAUCAACAAUGGAACAAAUUCUGAUUGAUGAUUCGUUUGUUGAUUCUGAUCUCAUUAAUCAUAUGGGACAAAAAUAUCCUCGAAUUUUAAUACAAAAUGAUGAUAUUGUGAAACCAGCAUUGGCACCCGAACAUCUUUGUCGUGAUAUAUUUGUUGAGCGAAAUGAUCAAAAUCUUUUUGUUCGUCUAUUGCGUCAUUAUCGCACAAAAGGAUUCAUCUCUAUGUUGAAUUUUAUUAAACAAUCGUAUCAUGAAUAUCAUCGACAAUCAAAACAAAAAAGUGAUGACAAUCAUUCUGGCAAACCAACGAAUAGCAAAAAUUAUGGCCUAUUAUUGUUGUACAUAUUUGCCUUAAUCAUCCUACAAAUUUAUUCCAUAUAUCUUGCAAUUCAUAUGUAUUUCUAUCCAUUUGAUACGUAUUCCGAUGAUGAUCUAUUAAAUGAAUUCAAUUUGAAUUCCGGGUGGAAAUCUGGUCUAGUACGUACGUUUGUCUGGCAUCCUAGCUCGCUUCGAUGUGCAUUGGCAUUAGUCAAUGAUCUUAUUUAUGUAUAUUCGGCCGAUCAUAAACGGCCAUUAAAUCAUAUAACAUGCGUGAAAAAUGUUCAUCAAAGACAAAUAUCCUCAAUGUGUUGGCAUCCCAAAUUGGAUAAUGUAUUGGUUGUGGCUUGUCGUGAUAAGAUACUCAUCUGGCGUUUUGAAUCCCUAUCGACGAAUGUUGUUCAAUCAUCCCCAGCUUUACUGGCUCAAGUCAAAGCAGAAUCUUUAUCUACCAGGCAGCAGCCUUCAUUACAAAUCGUGAAUACACAUCUACAAAGUCCAAUUACCAGUUUAGCAUUUAAUAUGAAUGGCAAUAUGUUGGUCAGUUGUUCACCCCGUAAUGCUUCACUGUCGUUGUGUCGAUUCGAUGAUAAAUGUCAAUUGGCAAAAAUCGAAUCUAUUCGAAUGAAACAACUUUCAUCAUUGAUUCAUUUGCCUCAACUGACCUCACUUCAAUGGUCACCUGAUGGACGACGGCUAUUGGCUUUGACAACCCUACGCUCUAAACCAAUUUGUGUAUUCGAAUCGAUUAAAUGGUCUUACAAAUUUUGGACAUUCCCCCCUGAACACAAUCGACAACUCUGUCAAACUGCAGUAUGGUUACGACCAAACGGAAUGAUCAUGUUGUUUGUGCCUAAACAAUCAUCCAAAAUCUUUGCAUUAACAUUUUAUGAUCGAGCCGAAGCCGACGACGUUGGUGGCGGUUCCAGUGAUCAAUGUACAUUAAUACUUGACACACGACAAUUUUUCAAUCAGGAUGGCAUAACUUCUCUACCGAUUAUUCACCAGUUAUGCUGGGAUAUUAAAUGCACCAAAUUGGUGGUUUCAUUUCAAGAUCCUAUGGAAACAAUAGCAAUAUUUAGCACCAGUUUAAAUCCUGGCCUAAAUAUUCAACCAUUUCGUAUUCUCAAACCGGCAUUCACUUCUGGAAAAAACGUUCGAUGUCUAUCGAUGAAUUUUCAUGACAAUUACGUUGAUCCUGGUUGUUUGAUUACUAUUUGUUGGUCAAAUGGUAUUUUGACACAUAUACCACUAGAAGACACUGAUAUAGACAAAAACGAUCGUACACCAAACGAAUCGAUUCGUUCGCUAACUUCAUUGUGCACCAGUUUUGAUGAAUCCAGUUUUGUUCGCCGAGCCGGUGAAUUUUCUUUAAGUCGUUGUUCAAUUGCCUCGCCACUUCAACACAAUGGUAAUGGUUCGAUUAUAUUAUCACAAACGCAUACUGGAAAAAAAUCUAGGCAACCAGAGAAAACAAAAUCUUUUGGCACAUCCACACCACCAUCAACACCUUUUCGUCGAUCUGUACUUUAUUCAACACGUGUUCAAUAUGAUUAGAAAUUUGAUUUUGCAUUAGUUUAAUCAUAUUUGUUGUUUUUAUUGAUUGUGGUUGAAUCCAAUAAAUUAUUAUGUAUCCAUCGAGCCAACAAACUGCCGACCAUAGCUCCGAACCAAUAAACUUGAAAAUGUUCCCAAUAUGUAUUGCCUUUACAGCCGAUCAUCAAAGCUGAAGCCAAUAUUGGAUUGAAAAAACCACCAGUUGUAUUGAGUGCUAUUUUAAUUUUUAUUAAUUUUUAUGUUUAUUAAUAUAAUUUCGUACGAUCGAUUGAUAUCUUACCGAAUAAAACGAGUAAUACACUUGUCAUUGAAUUAGCCACAGUUGAAA